UACUAGCAGGGGUACUAUCCAUUUAUUAAACUACGUAUUUCAUACCUAUUUUCAUUCCACCAAUGAUAAACCUCCUAUUGACUCCAUAAAAGGGGUACAACUCCAUUAGCUCCCCGUCCUGUUCGAUUACCCUCUUCACUUUCCUUCUUCAGCCUCCUUCCCUCCGUUCACAAGGACGCAGCUCUCCUCCCUUCCAUUUGUGGCUUUCUUCUUGUAGUACUACUAUUUAUGUAUAUCACAUCACUUUUGGCUUUCGUCUCAGGCUCAGGUUUCUCGUCUCCCUCCCGUUUCUGACUCGAUUGUUUUUUCUUUUUCCCAGAAUUCUAGUUUUGCCUCCAUCCGUUUUAGCUUAUUCAGUAUUCCAAUAUUAAAUUUCGCAAUAAUUCAUCUUUCAAGUUUUUUUCCCCCUUCCCAACUUGGAUGAGAAUUUGUUCAAUGAAACGUCCACCACUUUGCACUUAAGUUAUCAAUUAAUUCGGGGUAACAUCGGUACGUUUCUCGUUUUCUCCCACUCUCUGGUCUCUCCAGUCUUCCGCCGGGGAUAUAAAAAGGAGUCUGGGGGCCGGACUGGUCAUCAAUCUGAUCCGUUAUUCAUAUAGUAUUAAUUGAUUGACCAACUCUGUCUCUUUGUUAGCGAAUGAACGAAUACAUCCGUGUCUAUAGUAUAUAGUAUUUCAUUGUGACUCCGGUUAAAAGCACAGGGAAGAACGAAGGAGAUAAUGAACCAAAAUAUGCUGCCGACUCAGCUCGUAAUCGGCUGCUUUAUGGCGCUAUCAUGCGCGCCAUGGUGGGUAUACUCGCAAAACGGGGACAACCGGACUUUGGUGAACAUGACUCUUGUUCGAAACGCUUCGGUUCUUGGAGCCUAUUGCUUGGACGGAAGCUUGCCGGCUUAUCAUCUGGACAGAGGAUUCGGAGCAGGGGCACGCAAUUGGCUUCUGCAGUUCGAGGGUGGUGGAUGGUGCAAUGAUAUACCAUCAUGUUUGGAGAGAGCCAAAACUCAUCGAGGUUCAACACGUUUCAUGAACAAGUUGGAGGUCUUCUCCGGCAUUCUAAGCAACAACGCCUCUUUAAACCCUGAUUUUUACAAUUGGAACCGAGUUAAACUCAGAUACUGUGAUGGAGCCUCGUUUGCCGGAGAUGCUAAGUUUGACAACGGGACAUCAUUGCUUUAUUUUAGAGGGCAAAGAAUUUGGCGGGCGAUUAUUCAGGAUCUUCUCCCAAAAGGAUUGGGCCAUGCAAGAAAGGCACUGUUAUCUGGUUGCUCUGCUGGAGGUUUGGCGUCGUUUCUGCAUUGUGAUAACUUAACAAAUUAUCUGCCAAAGAAUACCAGCGUUAAAUGCUUAAGUGAUGCUGGAUUUUUCUUGGACGAGAGAGACAUCAGUUUGAACCACUCUAUGAGGUCUUUCUACGAAGGCUUGAUCUCUUUACAUGGUGUAGAACAGAAUUUGGACAAAAGUUGCACAGGCUUUCGUUACUAUCCAGUACAGUGCUUCUUCCCACAAUAUGCAUUAAAAUACAUCAGAACACCAUUUUUUGUCCUAAAUUCAGCCUAUGAUGUAUACCAAUUUCAUCACAUAUUGGUGCCACCUUCUGCUGAUCCCAAGGGACAUUGGUACCACUGCAAGCUGAACCCAGCAGCAUGCAAUGCAGCCCAAAUAAGAAUUUUGCAAGGAUUCAGAAAAGAUAUGCUUUUGGCAUUGAGUUUCUUCUACCGGUAUUCCAGAAGAGGAGGGAUGUUCAUAAAUUCUUGCUUUGCUCAUUGUCAAAGCGAGUCGCAAGAAACAUGGUUUGCUGCUGAUUCUCCAAGAUUAAGCAAUAAGUCCAGGUCAACUAAGUCAUACCACAGGUUUAGUCCUCCCUCUCUGUCUCUGCGUGGGUCUAUCAGCAGAUGCCUGAAACAUACAUUCCAAAAUUCUAACUGGACAGUUUCUUCCAGACCAUAGCGGAGGCAGUGGGAGACUGGUACUUUGGAAGAAGGGUCAGCAAGGAAAUUGAUUGUGCAUAUAAUUGCGACCAUACUUGCGCGAACUUGAUCGGAUAAUCCAUAGGCAUCUGGCCAUUCAAGCUCAUCAUGAUGCAUUAAUAACAGAUGAUGCAAAGGGAUUCGCCGAAUUUGAGGCUGGAACGCAACCGUUCCUGAACAUUUCACAGCCUCGAUUGGUCAAGAAAAUGGUUCAAACUCCAAAGGAUCUUUACCAGGUUCCGAAUUACUUUCACAAGUCCACAGGGUAUUAGCCAUUUUAAUUAGAACUGUAUUAUACAUUCUUUUUAUUACUACUGGAUAGAUAUAGGAACACGUUAUUGUUCCUUCAAAAAUAGAAAUUGAUGCGGAGGCUCUGCAAUCUUUGUAAAAAAAAAAAAAUAAAAUAUUAUUGCCAUUUCAAACUUGUACACGACGAUACGUCAGGUCAGUUGUGAAUGAAGACUCGUAUUUUAGAAAUAGUUUCCUUGUCAGAUGAUUCACUGAACUAAAACAAAAUUGAACA